ACUUUAAUCACUCAUGUGGUCACAGCACAGCCUCACAGCUGCAAGUCUCUUCUCGAAUUAGACUAAGAGAGAGAGAGAGAGAGAGAGAGAGAGAGACUGUUUCUUUGUGUUGGGAAACAGCAGUUGUGGACUUCUAAACACAGACUGUUUUCACUUCGCACGAACGGACAAAAGGGCACACUCUGGAAGACCGCAAGUGAGAAUGCCCUUCUGAGACAGACAGGGCUGCUGUCACAGAAGCACCUGGUUGCCUGGAGCAUGUGUUGGCAACCUGCACGGGCAUCAUGAUUUCACACUAUCCACUGGCAUCGCUUCUCCCCUGGCCGCCCAUCCCACACUGUCUGCAUCUAGAUGGGGAGGGAGGGGUGUCCCUGCAGAGGUACCAACCACGGUCGCCAGAGGUAGCUCGCUGCUGGAGCUCUGUGCAGGACUGGGGAGAGGAGGCUGAGGAAGGAGCCAUAUACAACGUGACGCUGAAGAGAGUCCAGAUCCAGCAGGCGGCUAACAAAGGCGCAAGAUGGCUGGGGGUGGAGGGUGACCGUUUGCCCCCAGGUCACACAGUUAGUCAGUUGGAGACAUGUAAGAUCAGGAGUAUUCGGGCGGGGACACUGGAGCGCUUGGUAGAGACACUCCUCACAGCGUUCGGUGAUAAUGACCUGACCUACACCAGCAUCUUCCUCUCCACGUACAGGACCUUUACUACUACACAGACUGUACUAGAUUUGCUGCUGGACAGGUAUGGCAGUUUUGAGGAUUGUGAGGGGGAGCGUAACCAGUGUCAGACUGGAGAGAGCAGAGCUGCUGUGAGAACUGCUUUGGCCUCUACUCUAAGAGCCUGGUUGGAUCUGUGUCCAGAGGACUUCCAGGAACCUCCAUCAUAUCCGAGCUUGCAUCGUGUGCUGGGUUUCCUGCAGAAGGCCUUGCCAGGCUCAGAGCCAAUGCGGCGGGCUCAGAGUCUUCUAGAACAAUUGCGUGUCCAGGCCAGCCUAGAGAAUGAGACUGAAGGAGGCUUUCAGUACAACAACCCUUUCUGCCUUGGGGAAAAUGAAGAAGUGGAGAUCGAUUUGCAGGAGGACUUCUUCUCCUUUGAGCUUGACCUCGUAGCAGAGCAGCUGACUUAUAUGGAUGCGCUGUUGUUUAAGAAGGUGGUCCCUCAUCACUGUUUGGGUGCUAUCUGGUCUCAGCGUGAUAAAAAGGAUGGCAAACAGACUGCGCCCACUAUCCGUGCCACCAUCACUCAGUUCAACGCGGUAACGGCGUGUGUGGUCAGCACCAUCCUCCGUCAGAGGCAGAUGCGCCCGCAUUUGCGUGCUCGCAUCAUCCAGCGCUGGAUUGACAUUGCACAGGAGUGCCGUAUUCGUAAGAACUUCUCGUCUCUGAGAGCCAUACUAUCAGCGCUGCAGUCCAACCCCAUCUACAGACUCAAGAGAGUGUGGGCUUCAGUUUCCAAAGAUAGUAUGCAGGUGUUUGAAGAGCUUUCCGAUAUUUUCUCCGACCAGAAUAAUUACCUUACAAGCAGGGAACUGCUAAUGCGGGAGGGCACCUCAAAAUUUGCCAGUCUGGACAGCUGUGCCAAAGAUCACCAGAAAAGAUCUCAAAAGAGACUGCAGUUACAGAAAGAGAUGGGUGCCAUGCAGGGAACGAUCCCAUACCUGGGGACAUUUCUCACAGAUUUGACCAUGCUUGAUACAGCACUGCCUGACCAUGUUGAGGCGAGACUGAUUAAUUUUGAAAAGCGACGCAGGGAGUUUGAAGUGAUCGCUCAGAUUAAGCUCCUGCAGUCUGCAUGCAAUAGUUACUGUCUGACCUCUGAUCCCGCAUUUCUGCGCUGGUUUAAAAGUCAGCCUCAGUACUCCGAGGAGGAGAGCUAUGCGCUGUCAUGUGUGGUUGAAGGAUUGGGAGACAACAGCCCAACAUCACCAAAACCCCGCAAGAGUAUGGUGAAGAGAUUAAGCCUACUCUUCUCAGGAUCUGAUUCCAUGAACGCAAGCUCUCCUGUGAAAGAGAGUCCUCGAUCGCCUCCUACUGGCAGCUCUGGGGAGAGCAUGGACUCGGUCAGUGUGUCUUCCAGUGACUCUAGUCCCUCAGAGAGUGAAGGCAUGACACCCACACACUCUAUAGACACUCAUCUGAAGAAGCUGUCCGAGUCUUCCUCUUGCACCUCUUUGCACUCCAUGGACACCUCCUCCUCUUCUACAGCCAGCGCUUCCGUAUCUCUGGCCUCCCCGACCUUGCCUGGGCCCCCUUGCAUGCAUCGGCGCUCGAUCUCGUUGCUGCCCAUGUCCCCAACAUCACCUGGUUGUCUGCCUGCCUAUAACACACAAGCUCAGGAUGCAUGCAUAAUCCGAGUAAGCCUUGAACAGGGAAACGGGAACCUCUACAAGAGUAUCAUGCUGACCAGUCAAGACAAAACUCCAGCUGUGAUCUCUCGAGCCAUGGACAAACACAACCUGGAGGGUGAGCAGGCUGCUGACUACGAGCUGGUGCAGGUCAUCUCUGAGGAGAGAGAAUUGGUCAUCCCUGACAACGCCAACGUGUUUUACGCCAUGAGCACAUCUGCAAACUUUGACUUCCUGUUGCGUCUGCGUGGUUCUGAGGGGAGGCCGGUUCAGCUGCGCAGUCGUUGCAGCUCCACACUACCCCGCACACAGCAACGCUCCAGUCUGUCCGUCAGGCUCAGCAAGGUCAUACUGUGACCUCUGACCUUUUGUUGGACCAGAAACUAGAAAAUACUAGAAAAUGGGCUUAUAGACUAUUUCAAGGAGAGUUUAUUAACUUCAAAUACAUUUCAGAACUAAUUUGGGCAUCUCAUGUUCUUCUAUUUUGCCUUUUGAAAUGAAAGGCUUAUGUUAAAUAGUAGCAUGUGCCUCCUCCUCCCCAUCUAGUCCACAUGUACAUAGUCACAUCCCAACCUCCCUAUUGCUGGAUAUUUUGCACAUGUGCAGGAAAGUCUCCUGCUCCUUGUCAGUAUUUGCAUAAGAGCACAUCUCUUCCUAGCCAAGAGGCCUACAUGACUUCAAUGAAAGAGGGAAAUGAAAUAAGCUGUGGGAAGAGCAAACUAACGACAACCAUGUUGCCUUUAUCAAUGGUAAUGAUGGAACUCUUGCAUCAGUAUUGAAGAUGAUCUGCAGUAGCUGUGAUUUCCUUUUCCUGUCCACUUGUGCACUGUGUGGACAGUGUGGACUGUAUCCCUAGACUUAAAUUGCUGAGACUGGCUCACUAAGAAUCCAUAGAAUUGCAUUUACUUUCCAUCUUUAAAGGCAAAAUUGAGAAAAGAGCAACUGUUUCUUCUAGAAAUUAUGAGUAUCUCCUCAUGCUGCCUUUCUUUUCUCUGCUUUUUCCACACAUUUUAUCUCUAUUUCUGGGUUUCUCAUAUUGUGAGCUGUGUGACGAAUGCAGAAAAUAAGCGUUCUGAUUGGUUCCUGCUUGGUUUUAUCAAGUCUGUGGUGUUUCCUUUCACGAUUGGAUCCAUGUUGUGUCUUUAAAGGUGUGGUCACACUGCACUGAUGAUGGGUUUCUGUUCAGAAACCUGGAUUGAGCUGCCUUCCUCACUGAAAUAUUGCACUUGCUAUAGAGUGGGCGGAGUCAAUAGGUGUGUACUAAAAAGAGCACUUGGUCCACUUUUUGAAGCUUCCCUCUCUUCGGUCUUCAUGCAAUGCUAUAUUAAUAAUAUACUUUUUCUUUAUUUUUGUAUACAUAUGUUUUUGUAAGAGACAAAAAAAGAUUUAAAAAGAUUUUGUUUACUAAAAUAAAAAAUGUAUAAAAUAAAAAGCUGUGAAAUAUGAGUGUGUAUAGUAAAGUGAGCAUUUAAACAAGUUAGACAUUUCCAUAAACCAGCACAAUAAUUCAUACUCAUUGUGCCCCCGUCACCCUAUAAGAUGUUUUUUAGAGCAUUUGAGACAUGUUACUUUUGUGCAGCCGGUGAAUAUCUCAAAAACUUGUUUAACACUAAAGCAAAUAGUUUUACACUGAGGCAUUUUAACACCAAGUAGUUUCUAAAAGCUUAUGGAAUUUUUGCCUUAAUCAUUUUUGUCUCUAUUUAAUUGCCAUCAUUUUGUUAAUAUGUAAUUCAAUAAUCAUUAGUUAGCCCUGACUCCUGGUAAUAUGCCAAGAGAUGUACUACAGAAUGUGCCAAACGUGCCCUUUCUUGCCUUUUGUUCUCUCACAAUUAAGACACUUAUUUUUGUUACAAUGAACACGUAAGGCUUUGAUGUCAGUUUUUUAGCAAGGUAAAAUUGUAGUGUUUUAACAGUAAAUUGUCAAUUCCAAUUUAUUCAGCACUUGUGAAUUUACUCAAUUCUUUAUUUUGAAUAUUUCCUCACUACCAAAGAAUUGUCUGUUUAUGGACAGUCAGUGAAUAAAUUAUUAUCAUGAUGAUGAUUUGUAAUUUGAAUAAUGCUUUUCAUGAAUUAAAUGGAGACUCUGAAAGUACUGUGAA